ACUCCAAAACGACUUGACGUCCAUUAUCCUCAAAUGGCGUCUUUAUAAAUUCGUUUUCAAUGGCGACAUAGAGAAAAUGUAUCGCCAAAUACUGGUUCAUGAAGAAGAUCAAAAUUUCCAAAGGAUUCUCUUUAGGAAAGCCCCUCACCUGCCAAUCGAAGAUUUUAGGUUAAAAACCGUCACUUUCGGGGUUAACUGCGCCCCAUAUCUGGCAAUUCGCACGCUCCACCAAUUAGCUCACGAUUGUCAAGAGAAAUACCCCCUCGCCAAGAACAUCAUACUGCACGAAACAUAUGUAGAUGAUGUACUCUCUGGCGGACACAAUAUACAGUCCACUCUCAACUCUAUGACCCAAACUAUCGAAACUCUAAAAUCAGCAGGCUUUCCACUGAAAAAAAUUACAGCAAAUCACCCUAAAAUCCUUGAAUUAAUCCCAGAUACCGAUGUCUUAGAUGCUGAGUUUCUUAAAUUCCAGGACACAAGCUCUACAAAAACACUUGGAAUAAGAUGGAACGCACUAACUGACUCCUUCUCCUACUCUUAUGACCCCCUACCCGCCUCUAAGUCGAGCACAAAACGUCAGAUACUGUCAGCGGUGGCGAAACUUUUCGACCCGGCAGGAUGGCUAUCGCCAAUAAUGAUACUUGCUAAAAUUCUCCUCCAACAACUAUGGUUAGAAGGAACUGACUGGGACGAACACGUUAAGCCCACAGCUUUCCAUAAGUGGAACACUUUUCGCGAGGACCUUCAAGCCAUAAGCUCCAUCAACAUACCCCGAUGGGUACAAUUCUCCCCAGAUAAACGCAUACAGCUGCACGGUUUCGCUGACGCCUCCGAAAAAGCGUUCUGUGCUUGUGUUUAUAUUAGAGUGCAACACGAAGAGAACUCCUUCACAACCCAUCUUUUUGUGGCAAAAACUAAAGUUGCACCCUUGCAAACGGUAAGCCUGCCACGUUUAGAACUCUGCGGCGCCGUGUUGUUAUCAAAACUUAUCUACCAUAUCCGAUCCCAACUGAAUCUGCCACCGCACGAAUUGACACUCUGGUCAGACUCCGCGAUUGUGUUAGCUUGGCUUGAAAAACCACCACAUACAUGGAAAACAUAUGUGGCCAACCGAAUCACUCAAAUUAUCCACAACGUCAGCAACACCCCAUGGCGCCACGUACCAAGUGGUGCCAACCCAGCAGACUUAGGCACCCGUGGGUGCAAACCUCAAGAUCUAGCUGAAUGUUGCUUAUGGUGGAAUGGGCCAGAGUGGCUCUCCAAACCAGCUACUUCCUGGCCCAAAGGCGCACCUUCCAAUCUAGCCCCUCCUGAAAAGAGACCGAUAGAAUCCCUCCACACCUUAGAAUGUACAUAUAUCCUUGAUCGAUUCUCCUCAUUUUCACGAGCCUUAAGAGUUAUUGCCCUUUUGUAUCGUUUUAUCCGCAACUCGCAAAAAUACCCAAUUCCCACCACGUUAGCUCUUACACAGGAAGAGAUAAAUCAUGCAAAAAUGAAAUUGAUCGCAAUCACUCAGCGCAACCAUUUUGUAGAAGAAAUUCAGGCGUUGGAGGCUUCAAAACCAAUUGACAAAAAGUUCACUACUCACCCUAAACCCUAUGCUGGACAAAGCGGGGAUCAUGCGAGUAAAUGGUCGUCUAGCUCAGGCCGCGCUAAGCUACAAUGAACGACACCCCAUAAUCAUCCCAGAUAGCUCCAAGUUCUGCUCCUUGCUGCUAGAUUUUCUGCAUAAAACCUUGCUUCACGCUGAAAAACAGUUAAUGGUUCGCAUGGUGCAGCAAGAGUAUUAUAUUCCCAGACUCAAACAAAAACUGAAAAGGUGCAUCUUUCAGUGCAAGACUUGCACCAUUUAUAAACAGCGAAUGCGAUCACAAAUAAUGGCAGCACUGCCCCCUGAGCGUGCAACUUACUCUGUGCCAUUUCACACAACUGGUGUCGACUUCGCUGGGCCAUUUAUGGUAAAGACAUCCCCCCUUCGACGAGCGUCCCACACAAAAGCUUAUGUUUGCGUAUUCGUAUGCUUCUCCACCAAGGCUGUCCAUUUAGAGUCCUGCACAGAUUUGACCACCGAAGCGUUCAGAGCUGCAUUCACUCGAUUCGUCGGUCGCCGCGGACUGCCAAACAAAAUUAUGUCGGACAAUGGGAAGACGUUUAUCGGAGCACAGCGGGCUAUCCAGCGCGAUUUCGUCCUAUUCCUCAAGGAGGCAGCUUCUGAUGUUGCAGAGCGAUAUGCGGUACAGGGACUCUCUUGGCAAUUCAUUCCGCCAUAUGCCCCUCACAUGGGCGGUCUGUGGGAAGCCGCCGUAAAAAGUUUUAAAACCCACUUCACCAAAGUCGCUGGAAACCACAAAUUCACUUUUGAGGAAUUCACCACUCUCCUCAUUCGGAUCGAGGCAGUACUUAACUCGCGCCCUCUCUCCCCCAUGUCACAAGACCCAAGCGACUUACUAGCCUUAACGCCGGGUCAUUUUCUGCGCGGCGCCCCCUUGGUUUCCCUACCCGAACCGAAUGGCGAAAAUGUAUCUCUCACUACAAAAUGGCAAAAAUUGAAAGUUCUCCAUCAGCAGUUCAGCUCACGUUGGAAAACCGAGUACUUGCAAGAACUGCACAAGAGAUACAAAUGGAAACACCCGCAGCUCAAUAUUAGCGAAGGAGAUUUGGUGGUCAUCAAAGACGAUCUCUUGCCCCCAAAUGAGUGGCGCCUUGGCCGAGUCACCAAACUCCAUUCGGGUGCUGACCAAAAUGUACGAGUAGUGGAUGUUCGCACACAAGCCGGCAUAGUCACUCGCAACGUCACAAAACUAUGCGUACUGCCCCCUUCGUAGUAUAUUCCUCCCUCGUUUUUAAUUGCCUCUUAAAACUAUCACACUCCAGCUAACUCUAUAACCCCUGUUCACUGUACACUGACAUGUGACUAAUUAAAUUUUGCACUUUUUCUUCGUAGAUGAACAGAUACACGAUGGAGCUAAAUCAAUGCCGUCUGUGCUGCCGCUAUCACUCACUGAGGUUUUGCCAUGCGUUUAAGGCCAUGACGCCCGAGGAGCGGUACGAGUCCGCGCGAGUGCACAAAUACUGCAUCAACUGUUUGGCAACAUCGCACAUCACAGGUGCGUGCAACUCAGCAGACCGCUGCCAUCAAUGUGGGAAGGCGCACCAUACGCUGUUGCACCGCUCUACGCCGCUGGUCCCUGAACGCAAUCGCCGCGAGGAUGGGCAUAAGUCAGGCCGCAGUGGACGAACCACACUCCCCAGCCGCGUGGUAAAGAAAUCCAGGAAGCAGGCGUAUGACGACAGCCACCCCGUUCAACAACGCAUCCGCAACCUUUUCAACCGGGCUGUGCUGACAUUGGAAAAGCUGCAAGAGCUGCUUCACCUCGCACCGGUGCAGGCGGGCCGGCAUGUCGAGGACAUGGACACUAACUUAAUCGAGUUCGAUUAGAUUGAA